GGAAGACAAGACCGACGGUGACUGGUGGCUGGCGGCUGUGUCGGAGGUUCCGUGCGCGCCGCGAAACAACCCAGAUCACCCCGAGACGAGACUGCACGAUGAAGACACCUCUCGCUACUCACUGAACGGAAGCUCCACGGCCACGGGGACAUGACGCGCGUGGGAAUGAGUGGAGUCGGGGGUCUGUCGGUGCUCCUGGUCGCGACCAGUCUGUUUGGUGGGGUGUUGAGCCAGACCACUCCCACGGCCCCACCCACGACCACACCCACAGCUCCGCCCACAGCUCUGCCUACAGCUCCUCCCACUUCACCACCCAUGAUGCUCAGCAGCAGCAGCAGCAGUCCUACAAUUCCCAGCAGCACUACGCCACCCGGAUGCUCCGCCCUCAACACUUCCUCCUGCGAGGCCUGCAUGCCCGGUUCAUACUCCGAUAACGAAACCCUCCUGUGUUCGUGCUGUGCGGUGGGAGGCUCCUGUAUGUUUUCAGGUUCCUGUCUGGCCUGCCCUCAAGGGGCAUACCAACCACUAGCAGGACAACAGCACUGCGUACCAUGCAGUCCGGGAUACUACAGCAAUCUGACUGGCAGUCCCGUGUGUCAAUCAUGUCCUCUGGGUUCCUUUAACAACGCCUCCGGAUCCACCAGCUGCAGCAGCUGCCCUGCAGGUCAUUACUCUUCCAGGCAGAAUGCCACGUCAUGCAGCCCCUGUGACCAGGGAACUUUCUGCAAUUCCUCCAAUUGUGGGCGGUGUAGUGUGUGUCCACCUGGGUCAGAAGCUCUGAUGAUGGGGGCUCGAGAAUGCACCAUGUGUCGCCCAGGGAUGCAUAAGCCGGCGUUCCAGUUGAUUUGUCAGAUCUGCAGCAGUGGCUUCUACCAGAUCAGAUGGGGACAAGCGGCGUGUGAUGUGUGUCCAGAGAACCACUACUGUCCCUCUCCUGAUGUGAACCCCAUCCUGUGUCCUCUGGAUGCCUUCUGUCCUGAGGGCAGCACGGCUCCUGGAUACUGUAUGGAGACAUUCUUCCGCAAGGUUGGGGACACCUGUGAGUUGGCGCCUGUCACCAUCGCUCUGCUCGUGAUUGGAGGAGGAGUGGCGUUGCUGUUCGUGGUUCUCCUGGUGUUGCGUCGGAGGCGUGACGUUGACGGGGAGCUCUCUCUGUCCCGCGCCCCUCUACUCCGUAAGGACCGCCCCCCCGGACGCUUCUACGGACUACCCUGCGAUGCAGAGCCUGUCUAUGCGGGGUGGUGACAUAAACCCACAUACACUCCAACACCUGUGACACAGGAUGAUGGCACACAUAAACACACGCAGGACUGUAUAUCCAGUAGGUGACUGCUAAACACACACACACACACACACACACACACACACACACACACACACACACACACACACACACACACACACACUGACACAAGCUCUAACAGGCUCAGCUGCAAACAGCUCUUGUGAUCAAUUUUAAUUAUCUGUCUUUUACACAAAUAUAUAACAGAGCGUUCCACCUCUGAGACACACACACACACACACACACACACACACACACACACACACACACACACACACACACACACACACACACACACACACACACCAUUGGCCAAAAUGAAAGUGCCCUUUAACCCUUUAACCACUGUUUGCCAGAUAUGCCAACACCAAGCCUAGUAUUUGGCCCAAAUUGCCAUUGAAUGCUAUUGAGCUAAUAUGCCACUGUGCCCACCCACAGGCCUGCUGUUAUGAUUGGCUAAACCUGGUGUAUCAGAUGGAUGUGAUUGGAUGAUGGUCCGUGUGGGGUCAUGUGAUUAGGUCAUGUUAUUAGGCUCGUUCGUGACGAAGCAGUGCUGCUUUUGCUAAGCAGCGAGCAUGCGCACUUUGCCAGUUUGAUGCA